AUGGAAUUGGCCCCCACUUUAUUGGUCGUUAUUCUUCUAGGGUGGUGCUGGUUUCAUCUUCUACGCUCUCGAACAUCGCAUCCACCUUUGCCUCCGGGGCCCACCCUUCUCUCCGGACCAUAUCCCGAGAAAGAUAUCGCGACCACAUUUCAAAAAUGGAAUAAACGAUACGGCCCCGUAGUUAGCUUCAAGAUUGGAAGCCGUACGUUUGUCGUCCUCGGAACUCGCCAAGCCGCACAGGAUCUGCUAGAGAAGCGAGGCAGCAUCUAUAGCUCUCGACCCCCUUCGGUAUGGAUGGACAAGUACCUCAACAAGGGACUCGCGGCAGCAUUCAUGCCGUAUGGCCCUGAAUGGAGGUUGAACCGACGUCUGCAUGGCUCCCUGCUGAGUGCUCAUCACACAAUUGCAUAUCGUCAUUUGCAAGAUAUCCAAAGCAAGCAUCUCCUGCACGAGUUUCUCGUGACCAAUGAUUUCUCCCACUGUUUUCAUCAAUACACGUCGAAUGUGAUGUUCACGCUAGUGUACGGCAAAGGAAGAGGCAAGGACGACAAUGAUCACAGACGAUUGGAGCAAAUCAACGAAAUGGCCGGUUUUGUGUUGCAAGGGGCGUCUUUCUGGACUAUGUUGAUGGACUUGUUUCCCAUUCUCGACCGUCUACCCCGGAUCUUCUGGAAAUGGAGGACAGAAGCCGCUCGACUCCAUGACAAGACCAUGAUUGUGUAUCGAGAAUGCUGCGAGGAGGCUCUGGCAGCAGAGUGCUGGAACUGGAGCAAAGAAGUCACACAGAAACCGGACGUCAUGCAGCUCCCUUGGGACAAUGUAUGUUACUCGCUUGGGGAACUAUAUGUGGCAGGCAUUCAUACGACCAAAAUGGUGCUGGACCUAUUUGUCAUGGUGAGCAUCUUGGCAGAUCGACUCCCGUCAUUCGACGACAUGGAAAGGCUGCCGUAUAUCAAUGCGAUCAUUUCCGAGCUUCUGCGAUGGCGGCCCAUAUCCCCUAUUGCUGUGCCACAUGCGGCGAUACAAGACGACGAGUACAUGGGGUAUUUCAUUCCCCGAGGCGCAACAGUCAUUGCAAACCAAUUCGGCAUGAACAUGGACGAUGAAGUCUUCAAUGAUCCUUCCAGCUUUCACCCGGAACGGUAUGUAGAGAACCCAGAUCUUCCUGUGUCGGCUUUUGGAUUUGGCCGGAGAGCAUGUCCAGGUCAUCGCCUGGCUCGGUCAAGCUUGUUCAUUGUCAUUUCGCGUUUACUUUGGGGGUUCAAUAUCACAUCUGCAGACAAGCAGCCACUGAAUGAGGACUCAUCGCCGGCUGCAGUCAAGGCCACAUUCCGAGUCCGCGGUCUUCACAGACAAAAGAUUAUCGAAAGGGGUUGGACCUUGGCAGAGAAGGAUGAACGCAUCGCCCUGUCACAGAUUGGAUGUAGAAUGCUAAGUAAUUAGAGAGAUUUCAUCACC